AUGGAGCCGUUUUUCAGCAGCUGUCGCGAGAUCCUAAUAGCCGUCGAUAACAGCGAAGGGUCGGAGCUCGCGUUCAACUGGGCGCUCCGGAAUUACUGCAAGCGACAUGACCACGUGCGGCUAAUACACGUCGUCAGAAACUACAGCGACGCCAUCGGCACGCUCCCCAAGGAGGCGAUCGCGUGUUUAGAGCAGCAGGCCAUGACGUCAGCGCGCGCCAUCGUUGAAAAGUACAUGCGCCGAUGCGCCCACGCCGAUGUGGACUGCGAUUGGCGGAUAGCGUGUGGCGACGAGAGGGACGUGAUCUGCCGUGAGGUGAUGCGAGUGUGCGCGGACGUGCUGAUCGUUGGUACCAGGAGCCUGCCAGCCGUAAAAAAAGCUCUCCUCGGCUCAGUCAGUGAAUACUGCGCACACCACAGUGCAUGCCCGGUCAUCAUUGUGAGGCCCAAGGAGCUUCUUAGCUUGAUGCUAGCGCAAGCACCCACGACCUCCCGUGCUCUAUCGAGCACUUCCCUUAUCCACUCGGGAACCCAACCUUCCCGUACGACCCGCUUCCCCUGUGUAUCGGAAGUUUCGGGGAAAGCAGCCGUCGCCAUGAAGGCGUCUAGGGUUGUCCGUUUGAUGUCGACUGUGGCGCCCAGCCUUCAAAGCGCCAUGUCCGGCGCUACAUCCGGAGCGGCUGUAGCGCCUGUAGCGGCGUCAGCAGCGGCUGCUCAGAGAUCGUCUUCUAUGGUGGGCGAUCGUCCGCAGAUCGCGCAGAAUAUGCGAAGUGCGUGGGUGACUGGUCAUGGUCAGACGUCGCUGUGGCGUCGCAUGUCGUCAUCUGCGACGGUUGGCGGCGCUAAUGUGUCGCACAGAUUGCUCGCACGGCCUGUGCCGUCGGCGUACAUCCUCACGCGAAAGGCCUCCAGCGCAGCGCCCGAGAAUCCGUUCAAGAACAUCGUCACAGAUCUCCCGUCGGCCGACGGCGGCUCGUACGGGAAGUACUACAGCCUUCCUGCGCUCAACGACCCGCGCGUCGAUCGCCUGCCCUACUCCAUUCGCAUUCUGCUCGAGUCUGCACUGCGCAACUGCGACAAUUUUCAGGUGCUGCCCGCUGACGUGGAGAAGAUCCUCGACUGGGAGAAAACUGCCCCGCAGCAAGUGGAGAUUCCUUUCAAGCCUGCCCGCGUGCUGCUGCAGGACUUCACGGGCGUGCCCGCCGUAGUGGAUCUAGCAGCAAUGCGCGACGCGAUGAAGUCGCUGGGCGGCGAUCCGAAUGCGAUCAACCCGCAGGUGCCGGUGGAUCUGGUGAUCGACCACUCCGUGCAGGUGGACGUCGCGGGCUCCGCCAACGCGGUGGCGCAGAACAUGCAGCUCGAGUUCGACCGCAACAGCGAGCGCUUCGCGUUUCUGAAAUGGGGCGCCAAGGCCUUCCAGAACAUGCGCGUCGUGCCUCCUGGCUCCGGCAUUGUGCAUCAGGUGAACCUGGAGUAUCUGGCUCGCGUCGUCUUCUCGCACAAGGGCGUGCUCUACCCGGACAGCCUGGUGGGCACGGACUCGCACACCACCAUGAUCGACGGGCUGGGCGUGGCGGGGUGGGGCGUGGGCGGCAUAGAGGCAGAGGCCACCAUGCUGGGGCAGCCCAUGAGCAUGGUGCUACCCGAGGUGGUGGGCUUUAAGCUGACAGGCAAGCUCCAGCCUGGCGUGACGGCCACGGACCUCGUGCUGACGUGUACGGCCAUGCUGCGUCAGCACGGCGUGGUGGGCAAGUUCGUGGAGUUCCACGGCGACGGCAUGCGUCACCUGGCGCUCGCUGAUAGGGCGACCAUUGCCAACAUGGCGCCCGAGUAUGGAGCCACCAUGGGUUUCUUCCCUGUUGACGAUGCCACGCUGGCAUACCUCAAGACAUCGGGACGUGAUGAUAAGACGGUGAAGAUGGUGGAGGCAUACCUUAGAGCCAACAAGAUGUUUGUCGAUUACAACGAGCCCCAGGCGGAUCGGUCCUACUCGUCGUCGCUGGAGCUGGAUCUGGGCGCUGUGGAGCCCUGCAUCUCCGGCCCCAAGAGGCCCCAUGACCGUGUGCCUCUGCGAAGCAUGAAGGAGGACUGGCAGGCAUGCCUCGACAACCCCGUCGGUUUUAAGGGCUUCGCGUUGCCCAAGGAGCAGCAGGGCAAGGUGGUGAACUUCUCGUUCAACGGACAGCCAGCGGAGCUAAGGCACGGGUCGGUGGUGAUUGCAGCCAUCACCUCGUGCACCAACACUAGCAACCCCUCCGUCAUGCUCGGUGCUGCUCUCGUGGCAAAGAAGGCUACGGACCUGGGUCUGCAGGUGAAGCCGUGGGUGAAGACCAGCCUGGCGCCCGGCUCUGGAGUGGUCACCAAGUACCUUGAGAAGAGUGGUCUCCUCCCCUCACUGGAGAAGCAGGGGUUCCACGUGGUGGGGUACGGUUGCACCACGUGCAUUGGCAACUCGGGGGAGAUUGCGGAGUCUGUGGGGCAGGCCAUUGCUGAGAACGACCUGGUGGCGGCAGCAGUGCUGUCGGGUAAUCGCAACUUCGAGGGGCGAGUGCAUCCCCAGACGCGUGCCAACUACCUCGCCUCGCCACCCCUCGUUGUCGCAUAUGCCCUCGCCGGCACGGUGGACAUUGACUUCGCCACCGAGCCAAUCGGCACGGGCAAAGACGGGAAGCCCGUUUUCCUGCGCGACAUCUGGCCGUCGUCCGCUGAGGUGGCAGCGGUGGUUGAGAAGUCCGUGCUGCCCGAGUUCUUCCGGUCGACCUAUGAGAGCAUCACACGUGGCAACGACCUGUGGAACGGGCUCACCGCACCUGAAGGCGCGCUGUAUGAGUGGAACCCGGCCUCCACUUACAUCCACGAGCCGCCGUUCUUCAAGGGGAUCUCCAAGGACCCGCCUGGGGUGGCGCCUGUGGUGGACGCGUACUGCCUGCUCAACCUGGGCGACAGCAUCACCACCGACCACAUCUCGCCUGCCGGGAGCAUUCACAAGGACAGCGCUGCUGCCAGGUACCUCACCGAGAGGGGCGUGGCACGCAAGGACUGGAACUCGUAUGGCAGCAGGCGGGGCAACGACGAGGUCAUGGCGCGCGGCACGUUUGCCAACAUCCGCAUUGUGAACAAGUUCAUGAAAGGGGAGGUCGGCCCGCACACUGUUCACGUGCCGAGUGGCGAGAAGAUGUUCAUAUAUGAUGCUGCCAUGCGCUACAAGGAAGCAGGGGCACCGACAAUCGUCCUAGCCGGUUCAGAGUACGGGAGUGGGAGUUCUCGGGACUGGGCGGCCAAGGGGCCGUACCUGCAGGGCGUGAAGGCGGUGAUUGCCAAGUCCUUCGAGCGCAUCCACCGCAGCAACCUCGUCGGCAUGGGCAUCAUCCCCCUCUGCUUCAAGCCCGGGCAGGAUGCCGAGUCGCUCGGGCUGACCGGGUUUGAAAAGUUUUCGGUGCACCUGCCCCCGCUGAAGGAGAUCAAGCCGGGGAUGGAUGUUGAGGUGACGACGGAUAAUGGCAAGAAGUUUACAACCACCCUGCGAUUCGACACCCAGGUGGAACUGACUUACUUUGAGAAUGGAGGCAUUCUGCACUACGUGCUUCGAAGCCUGGCUAAGGACAGCUGA